CGCCGGGAAUUCGCACGCACGGCCCCGAGGAGGAGCCCAGCUGGGGAAACCCUCCCCGCCCUGAGUGCCCUACAUCUUCCAGCAGCGCCUAAAGCUGGAUUUACGCGGAUUUUUUAUUUUCCCUCCUCUUCCCACGCAGCAAUCCCCAGCCCCGGCUGCUCCCAGCGCCGCUCGCAGCCCGGCGGGGAGUGGGAGGAAAGGGAUGCUCGGAGAAUUUGGGAAAAUCCGGAGCAUUUCCAGCCAUGCUCCACCUGGCGAGGCGGCUCCGGAGCUGCCCGGUGUCUUUGUGAGCUGCUGAGGCAGCUCUGGAGCCGCAGGGUUGAUGGAGAGGCGCUGACAGCAGAACCCCGUUCACCAUGGAGCUGCCCAGCACCAAAGAGUUCCAGUGGAAAUCGCUGGCGCCGCUGCCCAGCCGCAGGGUUUACUCCACGCUGGUGGAGGCGGCCGGGCAGGUCUUCGCCGUGGGCGGCUGCGAUGACAACGGCGUGCCCGUGGAUUCCUUCGAGGUUUACAGCCCCGAGGCCGAUCAGUGGGCGGCGCUGCCCCCCAUGCCCACGGCCAGGGCGGGCGUGGCCGUCACCGUGCUGGGCAAGCGGAUCAUGGUGAUCGGCGGCGUGGGCGGCGGGCAGCAGCCGCUGAAGGUGGUGGAGAUGUACAACACGGACGAGGGGCGCUGGAGGAAGCGCAGCUCGCUGCGAGAGGCGGCCAUGGGCAUCUCGGUGACGGCCAAAGAUUACAGGGUGUACGCAGCGGGCGGGAUGGGCUCGGACCUGCGGCCCCACAACUUCCUGCAGCACUACGACGUGCUCAAGGACAUCUGGGUGUCCCUGGCUGCCAUGCCCACCCCCCGCUAUGCCGCCACCUCCAUCCUGAGGGGCUCCAAGAUCUACGUGCUGGGGGGAAGGCAAUCCAAGUACGCCGUCAACGCCUUCGAGGUGUUCGACACGGACACGCGCUCCUGGACCAAAUUCCCCAACAUUCCCAACAAAAGAGCCUUCUCCAGCUUCGUGCCCACCGAGGGGAAGCUCUUCAGCCUCGGAGGGCUGCGCCAGGGCCGGCUCUACCGGCAGCCCAAGUUCAUGAGGACGGUGGAUAUGUUCGACCUGGAGCAAGGUGGCUGGAUGAAGAUGGAGCGCUCCUGCUACCUGAAGAAAAGGCGAGCAGACUUCGUGGCCGGCUACCUGCGAGGCAGAGUUGUGGUGGCUGGGGGCCUGGGGAAUCAGCCGACUGUGCUGGAGUCGGCAGAGGCUUUCCACCCCGACAAGAACAAGUGGGAGAGCCUCCCCCCCAUGCCCACCCCGCGCUGCGCCUGCUCCAGCAUCGCCCUGAGGGAUUGUCUGCUGGCCGUGGGCGGCGUCAGCCAGGGGCUCAGCACGGCCGUGGAGGCUCUGUGCCUCUCUGAUUGCUGACUGGAACCUUGAACCUUCCUGGAGGAGAAUCCCACCUGGAACAGGCCCCUGUGCCUCUCUGAUUCCUGAUAGGAACUGUUUUGGAGGAGAAUCCCGCCUGGAACCUGUCCCUGUGCCUCUCUGAUUCCUGACUGGAACGUUCCUGGAGGAGAAUCCCGCCUGGAGCAGGUCCCUGUGCCCCUCUGAUUCCUGACUGGAACCAUCCUGGAGCAGGUCCCUGUGCCCCUCUGAUUCCUGACUGGAACCUUCCUGGAUGAGAAUCCCGCCUGGAGCAGGUCCCUGUCCCUGGCUGUCGCCAGCAGUGGCACUGGGGACAGUGCUGGCAGCUCCCAGGACCGUCCUGCUGCUGUAGGAGCCUCCAGAACCACAUCCAGGGAUUCUGGUGCCUCCCUGCCUGGCACUCACCCCCAUGAGGAACCCCCACACUGGCCGGGGUCCCCUCCCGUCACUGUCACAGCUCCAUGGGGACACCCAGACACAGGAACUGCUCCCGAAAUCUCCAUGGGGACACCCAGACACAGGAACUGCUCCCCAAAUCUCCAUGGGGACCCCCAGCUGCAGGAACUGCUCCCCAAAUCUCCAUGGGGACACCCAGACACAGGAACUGCUCCCCAAAUCUCCAUGGGGAUACCUAGGCACAGGAACUGCUCCCCAGAUCUCCAUGGGGACACCCAGACACAGGAACUGCUCCCCAAAUCUCCUGCUGUGGGAAGGACUCCGAAGAUCCCAGUGUAGGAAUUGUGUCCCUGCAGCCAUCCCAGCCACAGGUGACAGCUUGGGAGGCACUGGGACUCUCCAGAGGGGACAGUGGGAGUGUCCUGCUCCAUCCUGGAAUCUCCCUGAGGAUUUUCUCCCAAAGGAAACUCCAACCCUGCAGCCAGGCCCGGGGAUCCUUCUCUGCCCUCACAGCAAAGCUUUUCCUGCAAUCCCACGGCCCUUCCUUGGGAUUCCAGCAGGGGCUGGAGCCAGGAGCUGCUCCUGGGGGAUGGAUUCCCGAAGGACUGCUCGGGCUCCUCCCUGCUGGCACAGGCUGGCACAGCUGCUGCCUGUGCUGGGUGUUAGGUGGAGAAAACCCGCGGUUUUCCCAAGUUUUUUAGCUGCUUUGGUGAUUCGAGAUCUUCACUGGAAAGCAGGAACAAUCUGGGGCCGUGCCUGGUCCAUCACUCCAGGGCUCUGUGGAUGCAGAAGUGACCCCGGGGCCGCUGCCUCCUCUUGGGCUCCGUCUGCCUCAGGCAGUUUUUGGGAGGGCUGUGCGAACUGUGGGGGUGCAAUUCCAGCUUGGAGCGUUUGCCCCAUUAAAAGCUGUCUUUGGGGAA